AUGAUGUUGCGUAGUAAGAACUUGAGUACAUUCUUCGGUAUCAAGAAAAUUGAAAUUAAAAAUGUAAUUGGAUUUUUAGACACAAAUGUGCAAAAUGUACGUUAUUAUUCUCAUACGCCAAAACCUUUAGAAGGAAUUCGUGUUUUAGAAUUAGGACAGUUAAUCGCUGGUCCAUUUUGCGGAACAAUUCUUGGAUAUUAUGGUGCAGAAGUGAUAAAGAUAGAACCGCCAGAAAUGGGAGAUCCUAUUCGGAUUUGGCGGAAAAUUGAUAUUGAUGGAAUUGGUCCUUGGUUUCGGUCAAUUGGUAGAAACAAGAAAUCGUGCGAGAUUAAUCUACGAACUGAAGAAGGAAUAAAACUUGCUCGUCAAUUGGCAGAUAAAAGUGAUGUUUUAAUUGAAAAUUUUCGACCUGGAGUUAUGGAAAAAUGGGGACUUGGUCCUGAUGAAUUAUAUAAAACAAAUCCUUCGUUGAUUUAUACACGUGUUUCUGGCUUUGGGCAAACAGGUCCUUACGCAAAGAAACCUGGUUUUGCAUCAGUAUGCGAGGCAAUGGCAGGUUAUCGCUAUAUUAAUGGAUUUCCUGGUCAACCGCCAGUACGUCAAAAUAUUUCAAUGGGUGAUUCUAUAGCUGGAUUGACUGCUGCAUUUGGUACGGUUAUGGGUCUUUUGGCGAGAAAUAAACUCGCAUCAAAUGCUAUUUCGGGGCAAGUAAUUGAUGUAGCAAUUUAUGAAAGCAUAUUUAAUAUGAUGGAAGGAAUUUUACCCGAAUACGAUAGAUUUGGAGAAAUAAGACAACCUUCCGGUACAUCUGUAACUGGUAUCGUGCCAACAAAUGCUUACCCUUGUUCAGAUUCUAAAAAUGUAAUUAUUGGUGGAAAUUCAGAUACAAUAUACAAGCGACUAAUGAAGGUUAUUGGGAGAGAGGAUCUUGCUACUGAACAAUAUGCAACAAACAAAGAACGCGUUCAACAUAAAGAUUUAAUUGAUAAUGCAAUAUCAGAUUGGUCGCGUAAGCAUACUUCUAAAGAAGUGAUUGAAAAAUUAGAGAAAGAUAACAUUCCAUGUGGGCCUAUUUAUAAUAUUCAAGAUAUUGUUGAAGAUGAACAUGUUCAAUCACGUGGUAUACUUGAAACUGUUAGAGUGAAUGAAAAUAAAGAAAAUGGUGGUUGGGAUUUAAAGAUUCCGGCCAUAACACCAAAACUAAGCGCAACGCCUGGUGAAACAAUUUGGGCCGGACCAGAUUUAGGACAACAUAACCGUGAAAUUCUUAUGGAUAUUUUAGGAUUAGAAGAAAAAGAAAUUAAAAAACUACAAGAUAAUAAGAUUAUUGGUAAAACUUUAUGA